AUGGUAGCCAUCCGCAUCUACAGGUUCCAGAAAGAAAACCUCAAUAUCCCCGCUCACCUCGAAACAAUCAUACCAGCAGAGCUCCGCACCGCAUUCUAUCGCGCGCGAUACAUAGCUGGACAAACCUUUCGAAAUUUGGAGUAUCUCGAAAUAUGCCAGGCAAAUCGCUACCAGGCAAUGUGCCCUCGCACAAGCGUAAACUACUAUAGCCAUCAAGUGUCUGUCUUACGUCUCUUCAGCUGGCGUCAUGAUUACCACUGGAGGAAUCCAACUCUUGCUCCAACUGAGAAGCUCGACCCAGCCAUUCUUUGCUUUCACAUAGAUCAGUCUGCGUACCAGAGCUAUCAGGCAAUCUUUGCUAAAUACCAAGAAGCGUUCAUGUCUGGCCACUUCCUGGCGUGGCAUAACGUAAAGCGCGCGGUGGAGGCAACAGCCGCCAAGUCUAACCUGAGCGAGAUGGAACAACGAAUGUGGAACCAGUUCUGGCAUGUCGGCUUUCUGGGCGAGAUGCAGAAAUGGGAGUCUCGGGCUAUGGCGCUUGCUAUCCCUUCUUGGGAGGAGAUUGUCGACGAGCUCUACAAUGCGAUCCUGGAAUGUGUCGAGGGAGCAGAGGAUAUGCUGGCCAAUACUGCCCAUGGUAUUGCUAGCGGAAGUAGCUCUUGA